AAACAACAAACCCAACAACAACAAGUUUAUCCACCAGGUUGCCUUGAUACCAUAGGCUGGCACUUGUAGUGUCAAUACUGCAGGUCAUCCUGGUACAAGAAAGUGGCACUUGUAGUGUCAAUACUGCAGGUCAUCGUGGUACAAGUAAGUGGCACUUGUAGUGUCAGUACUGCAGGUCAUCCUGGAACAAGAAGGAUGCACUUGUAGUGUCAAUACUGCAGGUCAUCCUGGUACAAGAAAGUGGCACUUGUAAUGUCAAUACUGCAUGUCAUCCUGGUACAAGAAGGUGGCAUUUGUAGUGUCAGUACUGCAGGUCAUCCUGGUACAAGAAGGUGGCACUUGUAGUGUCAAUACUGCAGAUCAUCCUGGUACAAGAAGGUGGCACUUGUAGUGUCAGUGCUGCAGGUCAUCCUGGUACAAGAAGGUGGCACUUGUAGUACCAACAUCAAUGUCAGAGAACUCGUGUAAGUUCUGACUAUACAGUAAUGUAGAUAUGGUGACAACAGUAACCACAGUGUUAAUACAAUGACAGUACUAAUUACAGUGUUAAUACAGUGACAAUAACUAGUUUUAUUACAGUGACAAUAACUAGUUUUAAUACAGUGAAGACACUAAUAUGGUGCUUAUUCAGUGACAACACUGUAACAACAGUGUUGGUACUACAAUACUUUGAAUGCCAACAGGUGUCAUCACAUUAAUGUAUCAUAAAUAUCUAAAUAUUUGCUAAUAUCAUCCUUCCUAUUCCUCAAACACUAUUACCCCUUCAUGUUUAGUGCUUGCUUUACUUAAAAUAGUUGAAUAAUACAAGAAUAUUAGUUUUCUCUUUAACAAAAUAUUCUCAAAUUUCCCCUGGUUAAACAAUUUAAAAAUGAGAAUUUAUUGUUCACUAUGUCUAAAAUACCUGAAAAACAGUGUGAUGAGACAACACAGUGUACAGUUGUUCAUGUAGGAGACCAAUUAUAUCAACAUUCACACUCAUCACUAAAACAAUCUUCACAACAACUUCAGUGUGGAUAUCAGACCAAGUUUAUCGUAGGCAGAACAACACUUCAGUGUGCAGUGUGUCUAAAAGAGUUUUCUGAAAAAUAUAAUUUAGCCAUUCACAUGAGAACUCAUACUGGAGAGAAGCCAUAUCAGUGUUCAGAAUGUCUGAAAAAUUUUUCUCAAAAAUCAGUCUUAGUAAUUCACAUGAGAACUCAUACUGGAGAGAAGCCAUAUCAGUGUUCAGAAUGUCUGAAAGAUUUUUCUGAAAAAUCAAAGUUAGUACGUCACAUGAGAACACAUACUGGAGAGAAGCCAUAUCAGUGUUCAGAAUGUCUGAAAGAUUUUUCUCAAAAAUCAAGCUUAGUAGGUCACAUAAGAAUUCAUACUGGAGAGAAGCCAUAUCAGUGUUCAGAAUGUCUGAAAGAUUUUUCUGAAAAAUCAAAGUUAGUACGUCACAUGAGAACACAUACUGGAGAGAAGCUAUAUCAGUGUUCAGAAUGCCUGAAAGAUUUUUCUCAAAAAUCGAAGUUAGUACGUCACAUGAGAACACAUACUGGAGAGAAGCUAUAUCAGUGUUCAGAAUGUCUGAAAUAUUUUUCUGAAAAAUCGAAGUUAGUACGUCACAUGAGAACACAUACUGGAGAGAAGCCAUAUCAGUGUUCAGAAUGUCUGAAAGAUUUUUCUCAAAAAUCAGUCUUAGUAAGUCACAUGAGAACUCAUACUGGAGAGAAGCCAUAUCAGUGUUCAGAAUGUCUGAAAGAUUUUUCUCAAAAAUCAAGCUUAGUAGGUCACAUGAGAAUUCAUACUGGAGAGAAGCCAUAUCAGUGUUCAGAAUGUCUGAAAGACUUUUUUAAAAAAUCAUACUUAGUAAGUCACAUGAGAACUCAUACUUGGGAGAAGCCAUAUCAGUGUUCAGAAUGUCUGAAAGGCUUUCCUGGGAAAGAAAAUUUAAAGAGACACUUGAGAACUCAUACUGGAGAGAAGCCAUAUCAGUGUUCAGAAUGUCUGAAAGACUUUUCUGAUAAAUCAAGCUUAGUACGUCACAUGAGAACUCAUACUGGGUAGAAGCCAUAUCAGUGUUCAGAAUGUCUGAAAGAUUUUUCUCAAAAAUCAAGCUUAGUAAGUCACAUGAGAUCUCAUACUGGAGAGAAGCCAUAUCAGUGCUCAAAAUUAUUUUUUCUAAAUGAUUUCAUUUAGAAAGUCACAUUAGAAGUCGUUCUAAAGAGAAAGCUUUGCCAGUGUGGGUGUUGUAUGUUAUGUGCUAAUAUUUCUUCCUCUACCAACACUGAUAUUAAUCCUUUCACUGUCGGUCCCAUAGUAUUAUGACUUGCAAAACUGUGUUGGUCCCGUAAUACUAUGCCAAAGUUCUAGCACCUUAAGAUUUGGUGGGGGAAAGCUGGUUGAUCUACCGAUGAGAGAAUGGGUCUGAGUGGUCAGUGUACACAGCAUAAACAAAAUCCUACAGAAUGCAGUGCAUAAUGAGAAGUAAAAAACUAAAUUUAUUGGUUUAAAACAGUGAGUUUAAGGUGUAUUUUCGUAUGGUAUUGAUGGUUGUAUUCUCAUUUUCUUGGUCUCAUUUGAUAGAAUGGAAGAUGUGUAGUAGGGCUCCACUUAUAUGGCAGGUUAGGUUCCAGGCUACUGCCUUAACCCUUUCAGGGUUUCGGACGUACUAGUACGGCUACAUGACUCACGAAAUCGUAAUGACACGAUUGCAAACAAACCAUACCCCGGCCGGGAUUGAACCCGCGGUCAGAGAGUCUCAAAACUCCAGCCCAUCGCAUUAGCUACUAGACAAGCUAGCCACGCUAGCUGGAGAUUCGUCUGUAAAAACUUGCAUUUGUGGUCACAGUUGUGCCUGUGCUAACCUUCCUAUGGUGUAGAAAUAUACCUAGUUGGACGAAUUAUAUUGUGGCUAGCUGGUCUAGUGG